AUGAAUAGGGGAGGAAUCAAACGUGCUCCCAGCUUAAAUCAGCUUCCAAAUGUUGGCUCGCUCUCCAUUACUACGAAUGAAACGCCAACUCCAACAGGCGCUAACACGUUAAAUAGACCUGCCCAAGCGUCACAAUCAUUAUAUCAGUUAUGUUUAGAACUGUCAGAACGACUAUAUUGUGUAGAUGGCUUUGAAGAAUACCUGCAGCAGGCACAAAGCAAUAUACAGAAUAAUAACACUAAUAGUAACACUACUGGAAUUGGAACACCAACUUCUGAAGCUCCGAAUGGGCUUAUUCAGAGUGAUCCUGUUACACUAUUAUGGCAAACAUUUCGUUUAGGAUAUCCAUUGUGCGCUUUAUAUAAUACCAUGAAACCGGCGACGCCAAUAUCGGACGAGUUUACUCAACCACCUAACUCAUCUAAACCCAGUAUCUCUCAUGCAAAACAAAGUGUUUACAAAUUUUUAGUCUCUUGUAAAGAAGAACUCGAAUUCAAAGAGGAAUCAAUGUUUGGGAUUUCUGCACUAUUUAAAGAUGAUACAAAUGAUUUUGUCAAAGUAAUUAAUACGGUCAAACGUGUAACUGAUAAAAUUGAAGAAAAGGGUCUCUUGAAUUUAUCCAGGCGGCAACUUUCACGAAGUUCUGAUCCAAUGGCACCAAAAGAUAAUCGUGCACGAGUUGUUCAUGAAUUGUUGGAAACAGAAAGGAAAUAUGUACAGGAUAUGGAAGUGUUACAGGAUUAUGCAAGAAAACUUGCAAAUCAAGAGGUUGUUAAUGCAGAUACAAUCCAUCAUCUUUUUGCCAAUCUUAAUCAAUUGGUAGAUUUUCAACGUCGUUUUCUUAUUGGCGUGGAAUCUAAUGCUAGUUUACCAUCUUCAGAACAAAGAUUUGGCUUCUUGUUUGUGUCAAUGGAAGAGAAUUUCGAAGUAUAUCAGCCAUUCUGUGCAAAUUAUCAAUAUGCAUCAGAUUUGGUUAUUCAAGAACGCCAGAAUCUUAUGCAAUUAAAAGAUGUGGUAGAACCGACAUACGAACUUCCAUCCUUAUUAAUCAAGCCUAUUCAACGUAUUUGCAAAUAUCCUUUGUUAUUACAGGAAUUAUUAAAAUGCACUGAAAAAAAUGAAAAUCCUUAUUACGAUGAAAUUGAACAAGGAUUAAACGCAAUUAAACGAGUAACCGAUCGAGUGAAUGAAACUCGGCGGAAACAAGAGAAUGAAGCGGUAGUAAAAGACCUUGAACGUCGAGUUGAAGAUUGGAAGGGUCACAAAAUCUCCGAUUUUGGAUCUCUAUUACUCGAAGAUGUGUUUAUAAUGUCAAAAGAUGAUUCAGAACGUGAAUAUCAUGUGUAUCUAUUUGAAAGGAUUCUUCUCUGUUGCAAAGAAACUGCUAAGCAAAAUCCAAGAAGCACCAUAAUCAAAAAUAAUCGGAGACAAAAAAGAGCAAGUCUUCAGCUCAAAGGGCGGAUUUUUAUACACAAUAUUACGGCUGUUGUUAAUAAUAGUCGUUCUGGAUUGUGGUCAAUAAAAGUAUUCUGGCGUGGUGAUACAGAAAUGGAAUCAUUCUCAUUAAAAUGUCGAAAUGAUGAGCAGCUCAAACAAUGGCAUGCUGCCUUGGAAAAAUUAUUUGCUGAUUCAUCAGCAAAUGGCUCAUCAAGAGGAUCAUUUGACACAAUUUCUUACAAACGUCCUAGCGUUUCCAAUACCCAAUUAGCUUCAUUACAGAAUCUUGAUUUUGCCGUCAAGCAAUCCCGAAGUCAAUCAUUACCUUACGGCCAACUGCCUCGAAAAACACGAGGCGAUGAAAAUAUAUCAACCUCUUAUAAUUGGAGGUCAAAUACUCCACCUUUACCUAAUUUACCCCCGCAACAAUAUCAACAACAAAUAAAUCAUCAUUUACCUCGACAUCCUAAUAUGUCAAUGCCACCUUUACCCCGUAAUGGAUCAACGACGGCACCUCCUACAAUGGCCUCUUUCCCAUCGAGUGCUGUUCUACCAAAUGAGCAAGGCGUAACAACACCUAAUAUAUCUUAUAAUUAUUUUCCGAAUUCCCCUCCCCCCUCAAAUCCUGCUUCACCGCCACAAUCCACGCGUAGUAGUACUAGUACGGGAUCUCAUUCGCUUAGUAUAUGGCAACGUAGAAGCAUUGAGCAUCCAUCAACACCUCUUGCUGAUACUAUUGCUAAAUUCAUGAUGGCAGAGGAUGAUGAUUAUAAUACACCUCCGCCGCCAAUUCAACGAGCAUUAUCACAUAGUGCUGCUUCUGGCCAGACAUUUCAACAAGUUAGCGGACCUCCACCAAUACAACAACAAAAUGUUGUUGGCAAUAUUCAAAACAAUUCUAUGCGAAAGCGAUCUCAAAGUAAUCCAAAUAUUCAUGCUAUCCCUGAAACUUCUUGGGAUAAUGAAUUUUUGCCUGACUUGCCUAAUAAUGGAAACAUAUCACAAUCAAACAGUAAUGAAUUUCGUUCAUUAGAUGCUCAACAACGUCAUAGUGGCUCAAGUACUUCGUCACAACAAUCUGUUGAGACUUCGACAGCCAGUCCAACCGGUAGUGCUUCUUCACAUUCCCUUAUAUCACCGACUUCUAAUGGUUCAGUUAAUGGAAAUCAUUUCCCCACAAAUAUUGGACUCGGUAUCUCCAUGAAAAUUAAAGUUAAUUAUUCUGGAGAAAUUUUUGUUAUUGUUGUUGCUCAAGAAAUUGAAUAUCGAGACUUAUGUGAUCGUAUUGAUCGUAAGAUCAGAUUAUACACAACUGGCCGAGAUGAUAGCAUCCCAAUACGUAUAAAGUAUCAGGAUGAAGAUGGGGAUCAUGUUACCAUUAAUUCUGACGAAGAUGUGCAAAUGGCAUUCGAGGGGCGGCUAGCUGCCGGAGGAAAUUUUGUAAAUUUGUAUGUUAGUUAA